GUUGUCUCCCCAGCUUCCACUCUCUUUCAACAUGUUCAAAGCUACCUCUCCACUGUUAGGAGGGCUGCUAUGGAAAAUCCCAUGGCGUCUCUCCAGUCGCCAGAAAUUCCGCCAGCGCAAGCGUCUCCGCGCAGUUGAUCAGGUCGUUGAUACCGUUGCCGCAGCACUUGAGCGCAAUGGACUUCCUCAGGUGAAAGCUGUUGAGCGAUGGUACGCCGAAAUGCCGCGGGAGGAGGAAAUGCUCCCGAAGGAUAAAUAUUCGAUAUACGACCGGAAGGAGAAGAAUUAUCGCAAGGGUAUUCACAAAUUGCCCAAAUGGACGAGAGUCAGCCAACGUGUCAACCCUCCUGGUUUCUAAUGUGCGGCGCCAUCCGAUUUGUCUCCGCCAUUGGCUAGUGGCCACUUAUACCAAUCCUUUCUCGAAUUGUUGAGAUCAAGACAAACCUACAUCGAGGCCUGAGUCCACACCGCGCAUUCUUGACGGUGCACCGGGCCUCGGCUUCCAAAACACUACUGUAUAUUAUGCGACUUCGAUGAAACCAUUCAUCCAGCUUUAUUUGUCAAUUUGUGCAUUAUCUACUUGGAAUUGUCUCGGGCGUUGAAUGUGAUAUUAGAGGACAGGUUAGCAAAGGAAAUUUAUGCGAGACUGCUCUUUUGCCAAAAUCCAUUCGUCUUUUUAUC